AGAGAUUUUAAUGAACGCUGUGCGCAGUGUUCAGAAGUGAACUGGGGUCUCACUGAUGGAGGCAGAUUUUAUUGCAGAUCUUGCCACAGUGUUACUGAGAGAACUAGGGAAGUUGUAAACACUGAUUUUAUUUCUAAUACAAGAAUCCAGACAAUCUCCAAAGGUCUAAGAAAGCAGGAAAAAAAUGAUGGAGGCUGUGAAUGGUAUGUUUGUGAAGGCUUUCAGCUUGUACUCAAGAAACAAGCUGAAGCUUUAGAAGCGUUAGGAGUAUGUCCACAAAUGAAGGAUGAAAUUCUGUGCAAUUUUUGGAGGCGUUACUUGCAGAAGAGCAAACAGGCAUAUUGCAAAAGACCAGCUGGGGAAACUGUCAAAGCAUUAUCAGUAUGUGAUGGCAGUACUGAUGUGGACAGUGAACCAGAGACACCCAGCCUUCUCCACUUGUCUCUCUCUGAAAGCGAGGGGGAUCUACAGACUGAUUGCAGCUUUGUCUCAUCAAGCAGCAAGGUCUCAGAAAGCACCUCUGUGUGCUCUGGAUCGGUAGACGGUAGCUUGUAUUUAAUGAAGAACCAAAAGGAGAAACUGAGGAUGACAAUGCCAAUGACACUUUCAUUUUGUUACAUGGCGUUACUCUGGUUGAGAGAACCAAUGACAUUAUCUGAUCUCUUAAGGUUUGUUGUUGAAGGUCAUAUUCCAUAUUUGAAUGUUUUUCAGCAUUUUCCAGAGCAGAUGAAAUUGUGUGGACUUGAUCUUAAGAUCUUUUGUGUAGAGUCGUGGCCUAUGUAUGAAGAGGUGUACACCAAAAUGCUUGAGCUUGCAGCGUUUUUAGACCUGCCCCGUUUUCCAGAUAUAACAGACAGCUGCUUUCUUCAUCCAGACAUGUUGUGCAUGAAGUACUUGAUGGAAGCUAAUUUACCUGAUGAAUUGCAUAAUUGGACUUGUCGAGUGGUCAAAAAGAUCAGUAUUGGAGAAGCGGAUUUCCUGACUCUUGUGCCUGGAAAUAAGUCAACACGAAAAGUGAAAUACGAUGUUCUUGCUGCAGCAGUUAUUGUAGUUGUGCUCAAAUUAUUGUUUUUAUUAGAUGAUCACUAUGAAUGGUUACUUUCAGACUUCGCUGAAGAAAGAAAUAAAAAUAACAAAGAAGGUGACGAUGGUCCGUAUUUUGAGUACAAAAAGUGGUACAAAGUUAUAAAAUGUUCCUUGGAUGUGGAGCAAAAGAAAAUGGAUGAAGAAAGAGCCAAGUAUCUGUGGAGAUGUGAAAAGCCACUGUUUUAUUCAGCCGAGAAGAAAUCUAAAGUUCUUAAGAGAAGACAAAUGGUUGUGAACUUACAAAAUCAGUUUGGCAAGCUGUCUGGUUCAGUGCGACCUGCUGAAAAGCCAAAUCCUGCAAGUUUUCAGUUAAGUUGGUCUGAAGAAAAUGCAGAUGGGAGUUGUUUUCACGGGCAUAGCCUGAAGGGAAUUUUGCAAGAAAAAUGUGGUGUACUUACAGCCGUGAACCCUGACUAUUGGCUGUGUACAGUUAAACUAUGUAAUGAGAAAUUGUGUGGUCAUCCGGCUCAUUACAAAGAAGUGGACUUUCCCCAGAGUUACCAUUUUGUAUUAAGGUUAUUCUCCUUUCUUCUGAGGAUACAGCCCUCUUAUAUCCAUGAUGAAGUGUGUCUGAUAGAACACAAGCUUUUUAAUAAAAAACUUUGUAAAAAGCCAAAAUUCAACCCAGGCCUAAGGAAGUAA